AUGAAGUCCCUUACUGACAACAUCGACAGAGAACAGUUAGACAAGGAUGGAAAUUUAAGAAAAGAUUACAAAUAUGUUAGACCAGAGGAUGAAUUAAAUUCAUGGGAUGAUUUGAAACAAAAGUGGAAAGCUUUUGAAGAUCCUCAACAUAACUUUUCAGAAGAAGAUAAAUUGAGUUUAGAGCAUAUAAAAAAGAGAUUAGAGCAAAAUAAACCUAAGGAUUAA